AUGAGUUUUAGAGGUGGUAAUAGAGGUGGAUCCCGUGGUGGAUCCCGUGGUGGAUUCCGUGGAAAUUCCCGUGGUGGAUUUGGUAGCAGAGGUGCCCCAAUGGGUCCUCCAGAUUCCGUUUUAGAAAUGGGUGCUUUCCUACAUCCAUGUGAGGGGGACAUUGUAUGUCGUUCAAUCAAUACUAAGAUUCCAUACUUCAAUGCACCAAUCUAUUUGGAAAACAAAACACAAGUCGGUAAGGUCGAUGAGAUCUUGGGUCCUUUAAAUGAGGUUUUCUUUACGAUAAAAUGUUCUGAAGGUGUUAAGGCAGAAAGUUUCAACGAAGGUGACAAGUUUUACAUUGCUCCUGAUAAAUUACUACCUAUAGAGAGAUUCUUGCCUAAACCAAAGGUUGCUGGCCCACCAAAGCCUAAGAGAAAGAGAUCAGCUGCUCCAGGCGGCCGUGGUGGAUCUAGAGGUGGAUUCGGUGGCUCCAGAGGCGGAUUCGGUGGUCGUGGUGGAUCCAGAGGUGGCUUCGGUGGUGGCCGUGGUGGCUCAAGAGGUGGCUUCGGUGGUGGCCGUGGUGGCUCCAGAGGUGGCUUCGGUGGCUCCAGAGGUGGUUCCAGAGGUGGCUUCGGUGGCCGUGGUGGUUCCAGAGGUGGAAGAUACUAA